AUAUGCAACAAAAGGUUUUCUUGUUUUCUCUUUAGACAGUUACUAUGUACUUCUACUCAUCAUAAUAUGAAUAAAGAUCAUACACGGUACUGUAGUGCUUACAUCAGAAAUGCCUUAUUCUCUGAGAUAGGCAUUGGGAUCUCAGCCAACAGCUGCCUUCUCUUCUUCCACACUUUCAUGUUCAUUCAUGGGCAAAGGCUGAGACUCACUGACUUGCCCAUUGGACUCAUGGCCCUCAUACACCUAAUGAUGCUGUUACUUGCAGCAUAUAUAACUGAAGACCAUUUUAUGUCUUCAGGGGAAUGGGAUGAUAUCACAUGUAAACUAGUAAUUUUCUUGCACAGGGUUUUCAUGAGCCUGUCUGUUUGUGCCACCUGUCUUCUGAGUGUCUUCCAGGCCAUCAUCCUUUGCCCUCAAAGCUCCCACUUAGCUAAGUUCAAACAUAAUUCCCAACAUCAGCUCUCAUGUUUCUUUAUUUUACUGAGUAUCUUCUAUACAUCUAUCAGCAGCCAUAUUUUAAUAACAGUUGUUGCUACAGGAAAUCACACCUCUGUUAAUCUUAUAUAUAUCACAAGAUCUUGCUCUUUUACACCCAUGAGUUCCUCAAUGCAACACAUCUUCUCCACACUGCUAGUUUUCAGGAAUGUCUUCCUUAUUGGUCUCAUGGGUCUCUCGACUUGUUACAUGGUGACUCUCUUGUGCAGGCAUAAGAGUCGGUUCCAGCGUCUUCAGAACUCAAACCUUUCUUCAAAAGCAACUCCAGAGCAAAGAGCCCUCCAGACCAUUCUAAUGCUUAUGAGCCUCUUCUUGGUGAUGUUAACUUUGGACAGUAUCAUGUCCUGCUUAAGAACUAUAUUGCAGGAAAAUCUAUCUCUGUAUAGUUUCCAGAUCCUUGUAUCCCAUAGCUAUGCUGCAGUCAGUCCUCUGCUGUCUCUCAUUAAUGAAAAACGUGUAACUAACCUGUUGAUAUCCAUGUAUGAGAGGAUAGUAAAAUUUGAUUUUCUGUGA